AUGAAUGCAUCACCACAAUACCCAAGAUCUACUAGCAGUGUGGAUGGAACACCAAGCCUUAGAGUCGAUGCAUCUAUGGCCCAAGAUUCGUCGCAGACGACCGGCAGCAUGCCAGAAUCCCCAUGUACUUCAAUCGAAUUCGAUUUUCGAGGAGUCAGAAUGACGUGGCCAGCACCAAAGAACUGCUUCCGAAAUUCCCUCGUGUUUCAAAAUGCUCCGCGUACACGACGGAUGGUCUUGAUGAAGAGAAAUAUCAUUCGAAAGAUUCCCGCUCCAAUUAGAACUGCCUUGAUGGCUCUUCGAGGAAAAUCAUCAACCAAGAUCAAACAUAUAGUCUCUGAGCCUUUCAACGUUUCGAAAAUCAUCGACGGGCAUCCGCAACACAUGGAUCGGUAUGAUAAGUUUAAUGAGAUGGCUCCCAGAGAGCCGUGCAUUCCACUCAGCUCACACCCAUUCCGCAUCAGUGAGCUUGAUGCCAUGAAUGAACGCUCCCCGAUGAUGUCUCCAAUGCCAGGACCACGAUCCGAUUUAUGUUUUCAAAAGAGCUCGCCUCCGUGUCUCACUAUCAAGAUUCCUGAAUUGUCUACCACCACUGUGGACGGCAAGACAGUUGACCCUUCCAUGCAACGGCACCGUCCAGUCAGAACAUCACCCACUUUAACAGAAGCUCGCGCUUGGAAAAUUCAUUCUGAAAAUGCACGCAAGGCCUGCAUCAAGCUUGGUCAUGCGAUAGAUCAAGUCGAAGUCAAGAAUCGUAAACUUGAAGACGAUAAUGAACAACUCGAAGACAAGAAUAGACAACUCAAAGAUAAAAAUCGACAACUUGAGGAAUAUUUGCAAGAGAUGCGCACAGCCCGUGCGGCCCCAAGCCAGUACAAGGUCUUUUCAGAUCACUUUAGGAUGUUGUAUGAGAGAGAGUUGAAAAAAGUGGACUUGCUUGAGAAAGAACUCGAAACCGCACUUGCGGACGCAACUGAAAAGUCGGAGAAGGUGAAGAAGCUUCAGAAACAGGUCGAUCUCGCAUUGGAGCUUGCAGAUGCAUCUACAGCCUAUGCUGAAUCCUUGAAGCUCAAAAAUCCGAAGCGAUACUCGUCCCAAAAAUCCACUGAAUCUACGGAAAGCUGGGGCCAUUCGGACGAAGAAAAGUUUUUCUCAGUGAAACGUCCCACCCCAUCUCGUCCACCGUCUCCAACUGUGUCAAUGAUCCCUUCACUUGACUCAUCAACUUCCACAUCUGAGUCUGAUGAUGAGGAUGAUGGUGAUGAUGAUGAUGACCGUAAAGGUUGGAUGACGGCAUCGCAGAUUUUGGGUGACACUGCAUCGUAUGAUGAAUCUGAUCUUCAUCCUGUUGAACAUACCGAAAUCCCAACCAUCCUCAAUUCUACAACCGAGCUUCCCACACUUCCCAACUUCCCAACCGAAAAAACACUCUUACACGUUCCUACAACUACCCUUUCUCCCCCGGCCUUCACCCCGGGCACAACUCCUCCUACCACUCUCAACCACGUCAGCCUCAACCACAACAUCACUUGUCGCGUUGGACCUCCUCAUCCAGCCGUCUUCCGCAUCCCCAUUUCUUCAACUCCAGACACACCUGCCUUUUCGGCGAGCGUUAGCUGGUGUCCGACUUUGGACAUGUGGGAAUGGUGCAGUGUGCCGGAAGUAAAGUUGACGGAUUUUGUGGCCGAUGAAAAGAAGAAGAAAAGAUGUUCGGGGAGAGUUUUCCACAGUAGCGAGUUGAUGACCUUGAGGCUUUCAACUGGGACUUCCUCGUAA